CGCGUCUGCUCUUCUUUUCUUCUCCCCUGCAGCCGACAAAGCCCCCAAGCCCGACAGCCCUCCCAUGAAGGAAAAAACCGGAAAGCUUCAGGAUCCGCCUUGCUCUGCUUCUUCACCGCCGGUUGCUCCUGCCUUGUGGGGGGCGAAUUGGCCUGGUUUCUGAUUUCUCGAAUUUCCCCUUGAAUUUUCUGCAAUUGCCGUCGGCUUCCUCACCAGCCAAGCCCGGUUUCUACAGCUGGAAAUUCUGGAAACGAAAUCGAGGACGGGGAAACCACGGGAAGUGACGAGUUAGAAGGCUAGCCAUUUCGAGAUUGAUAUAGAUUUUAGAAAUAAAUCAUGAUCUUGUAAACUAGACUUUAUUGGAGAUUUAUGAUAUUAGAGCAAAUUAUAAAAUUUGAUCUUCAGAUUUUGAUGGUAUCAAAUUGUGGAUUUGAAGAGACUUCAGUACAAAUGCAUUGUGACAAAUUUGAGUUCUUGACAACAUUUAUCAAUUAUAGUUCCAACCCGCGUGCCCUGCUCUUCUUCUCCCCCGACCCUCUGCACUCGACGAGCCCACCUCGUCACCGCCACCCAUUUCCGGUCGGAAAUCCGGCAAAGCUUGGGGAUUUCUCCCUAUUUUCUUGUCUUAGAACACCUAGUAAACCCAGAAAUUCCCCCUCUUUGCUGGAAAUUCCAGAUCUGCGCUGUCUUCUUUCCUUUGUCCGUCGGCCUCUGCUUGUGUGGGUGUGAAUUCUCGGCUUUUCUGGGGAGUGACGAGUUAGAAGGCUAGCCAUCGUGUAAAUUGAAUAUGGAUUUUAGAUAUAAAUGAUGAUCUUGUAUUUGGAGAUUUUAUUGGAGAUUUAUGAUAUCAAAGAGAUUUUAUAAUUUGAUCUUCAGAUUUUGAUGGUAUUAGUUUGUUAUUUGAAUAAGUUUCGAGCCUUGUG